AUGCAGUCGAUGAAGGAAACAGCUUCGAACAUUGCUGCUUCAGCAAAGUCUGGCAUGGACAAGACCAAAGCCACCUUGGAGGAAAAGGCGGAGAAGAUGACGACACGAGACCCUAUCCAGAAACAAAUGGCCACACAGAAGAAAGAAGCAAAGAUCAACCAAGCUGAGAUGCAGAAGCGAGAAGUGCGUGAGCACAACGCUAUCAUGAAAGAAGCUGCUGGAGGUGGAACCGGAACCGGUUUAGGUUUGGGGUCAGCCACUCACUCAACCACUGGACACGUGGGACAUGGGACCCACCAGAUGUCGGCUUUGCCUGGUCACGGAACGGGACAAUCAACCGGACACGUUGUGGGGGGAACGAACUUGACCGAACCGAUCGGGACAAACACUGGAACUGGUCGGACCACUGCUCAUAACACUCACGUUGGUGGUGGCACCACUGGAUACGGAACUGGUGGAGGAUACACUGGAUAAGACGUUUCCUCAUUUGCUAUGUUCUUGUUAAUUCUAUGUUUUGUGCUUUUGCGUGUUCAUGUUGUUUUCUAGGGUCCUACAUAUGUUUUUCUCGGAAGUGAUUCUAGGACUUUGUUUUCGUGUGUUUUUUUCUUGUCUGAUGACAUACUUGACUGUAAUGGUUUUCUGAAUAAUUGUUGUUGUGUCAAUCUUUAUAUUUCUAAGGAUGAAUGUGACAAUAAUUACUUUCGAAUGUCACUAAAUCACCA